UGACCCACUUUUCGGGGUUUUUUCGCAUUAAACCAAAAGAAUUUUUUCUAAUUACAAUCUGAAAAAAGGCAAAUGUGACAAAGAAAAAGUGUAAAAUAAUUCACAAAAUUCCAUAGCAAGCACCAAACGAAAUUGUUGUACAUAUUCAUCAACAAAAUAAUAAGGGAGUUAUACAAUUGUGGGCAGACCGAAAACUGCAGAAAACCAGUCAACAAAUUCGAUUAGAGUGAAAAAGUGAAAAGCCUUAGACCAUAAGCAAAGGAAAUUCCCAAUAUAUAUCAAGAAGAAAGGUCCAUGGAUUCGCUGAAUAUCUUCUGGCCACACUUUUCAGGUUCCAAACAGCCGCACCAUAACCAUAAAGGGAAUAUUGGCACACUUGCCUUGUAUUUUCCCAUAGUACAUAUGUUGUGUAUAUAGAUAUAGAGUGGAAAAUUCAGAUUCAAGUAUUAAACGGAAACGAGGCGGAGCAGAACAUUUAUUGCAAAGAAUUUCCUAUGCUUGGUAUACCAAUUUUCUUUGGGAGACAAGAUGAAAGCAAUUCCAAACGUGAAAACCCCGUACGAAAAGUGUGAACAAAUCUGAAAGUCCGCCCGAGUGAAAAAGUGGAAAAAUGAAAGCUUGUGAACACAUCUCAAACGAUUGACAAAAAUUGAAUUGUGUGUAUUUCUGUAGAUAAGGAAAUAUGUAAAAAAAGGAAGAAAUCACUCUAAGUGAAGAACAAAACCCAUUAUCAAGUAGUUAGUAGCAAACAAAUAAAACAAAAAAUUUAAAUAUAAAAGGAAACAAAUUGAAAUAUAACCACAAUAAAAUAAGAGAAGAGAAAAUUAAUUGCAUUUAUAGUAUUAAAUGUGUUAUAACAAAUUAUAAUCGUCGUCUAAGAAUCGUGUAAAAAAUCGCAUGAAAUGUGGGAGCCCACGAGAAGGAAAUCGCCUCAGAAAGUAAUGAAAAAAUAAGAAAAAUUUAUCUUUUUCAUAAGCAUAUCGAAAAAAGUGUAACAAAAAAGAAGAAAAUUAUAUAGAAAAAAAGUAUUACACCAAUAUUUUCACACACACAUACAUACGCUCUCUUGCUUGCUAGUUCUCGCGCUCUCUCUCUCUCGCUCUCGUUCUCAAUCACAAACACCAAUACAUACUACACUUGUUCUUGCCUCUCUCUUUCACAAACCACUCAAAAGCAGCUACCAUACACAUGGUCUUGCUCAUCCAUUGACAGCAACAAACAUACCAAUACACAAACCCACACUUACAUACGCCGACCUACCCACAUACCCACACACACAACCACGCAACCCAAAAAAAAUGCUUGGACGUACUAUGUAUGUAUUGGACACGCAUACUCUACUAGUACUACUGCUACUGUUAAUAACAACCUAAAACUGCUGCCUUCUUCCUUCGUUUGCCGUUUUUGCGUUGUCGACGUCCCAUCACCGACCAUCGAACCGUUGUCAUCGUUGUCGUUGUCGUUCUCCCUUGUCGUCAUCGCCCAUUGUCGUGUGUGUUUCAUAAAUGUCGUUGACAUUCUUCUAUCAUUAUUAUUGAGAAAUCGCAAACAUACAAGCGUACGCAAAAAUAUCGUCAGCGCAAAAUAAAAAACACGAAUGAUUUGGACAAACAAAAUAAUACAACAACAUAUGAAAUAAACAACAACUCCAUAAAGUUCACAUAACUUCAAAGGACUCACAUCGCCCCAAAGCAAAUCCUUUGAAAUAUAGCCUACAUCCACACCACAAGCUCAUAAACCCACACACACACACACAGCAAUCAUAGGCAUUCGCAGGAGAACAGCAGCAGAUUGGAUCUGCGAAUAGAAUGCCAUAUGAAACAAUGCACCACACACAGAUGCAUCAGACGACAGCCGGUAACGGUAUGAUGGACUCGUUAAGCCUGCAAUUGCGAGAUGCGGAAACGCGACGUGCAGAAAUCGAGAGGGCACAUCAGGAAACCUUGGCACAAAUUCGCUCUCUGAGUACUUCCGGCGGUCGCAGUGAUAUAGAAGCUAUAGAGAAUUUACAAUCUCGUGCCAGAGAAUUGGAGAAAAAGGCUGCCCUGGAAAAUGUGCGCUGCGAAGAAUUGCAAAUUGAAUUAUCGGCCGCCAUGAAAUCCAAAACACCACGGCCAAAUGAAGCAGAAAUGCGUCAAAUGUCUGAUAUGCGAAAUGCAGCAGAGAUGCGAAGUGCAGCUGAGAUGAGAAAUGCCGAAGCUAUGCGAAAUGCGGCAGAAAUGCGAAAUAUGGCCGAAAUGCGAAACAUGGCUGAGAUGCGUAACAUGUCUGAUAUGCGUAAUACAACGGCGGACAUGCGCACAGCAUCGGAUAUGCGAAAUAUGUCAGACUUGCGCAAUGCCUCCUCAAAUAUGCGCAAUAUGACCGAUAUGCGUAAUACUGCCACCGCUUCUGAAAUGCGUAAUCUAACGGAUAUGAGAAAUUUAUCCGAUAUGCGCAAUGCCUCCGAUAUGCGUAACAUGUCCGACAUAAGAAAUAUGACAGAUAUGCGUUCAGUUGGUGGAGCCGGAGGAACCAUCUCAUCAAGUGCCGCAGCCGUAUCGGGCACCACCACAUCUGUGACAUGGGCACCUAGCCUUGGCCAUGAGGAUCAGGGCUCCGAAAUCGAUAUCAUUAUGGCAAAAAUAGAACAGGCACGUUUAUCCCUAGCUAAUGAUAAUCGAGUUUUAGCAGAACUAGAACAUCCCCGAACAUCUGCAGCGUUAUCAGGCAUGCCAUCAAGUUCCAUACUGAAUACAAAUAGCGAAUUUAAAACCAUAUCAAAAACAGAACUUGAAGAAGAACUGAAUCGUUAUAAGAGAGCUGUACUGGGUGGGUCAACGGGUGUCGCUGGAACCAUGGGCAGCAGUGCUUUAACGGGCUAUUCGUCGGCCCUAACCUCGAGUCUACCAAAUGGUGGUGGCGGCGGCAGUAGUGGUCCAACUGGUGCGGUUUCAAGUCUAACGGGGACCACUGCUCAUGGCCCGGGUACAGGUCUAACAUCCAUAUCGGCCUUAGUGCCAAAUUCAAUCGGUGGCAUUUCCUCGAGCAUGAGCAGUCAUGCCAUAACCGCUGCCGCGGCAUCAGCGGCCUAUGGUGCUGCACAUGCGGGUACCUCAGCCGUGGACAAGCUGUUAAGUGGAACAAGUGGAAUCGCUGGCAUUCCACCAUUGCCGGUAAAUAUUCAUACGAUGAAGUCUAUGCCAUCAGCAUUAAGUCAGCGUGGCACAAUACAACUAUACAAUUUACAGAGCACAACUAUGCCUAUACUCUCGCUGAACUCGCAUAAUCUGCCCACGGGUACCAACAGCUAUUCGGCGCUGGGCUUGAGUGGCACAGGCGCUGCAACAGGGAUUCCUCCUUUGGGUGCCUCAUUGACGCACCCCUCGAUGGGUCUGGACACAAGUGCGCUACUGGGUACUGCUGGCUUAACUGGCCUGGGUUCGGGCCUGGCGGGCACAGCUUCGCUGUACGGCCUGGGAGGUGGUGUCAGUGGGUUGGCCGCUGGCAUGCAAAAUACCUUCGGUCCACCGCCUUCGUUUUUGGACGUGGCUUCGUCCGCCUCAUAUCCCUUUACAUCGGCAGCCAUACGUAAUGCUACAAAGAUGAAAAUGCUGGACGAGAUCGAUAUACCGCUGACGCGUUAUGGAAAUCGCAGUUCGCCUUGCUCACCGAUACCACCUAAUACCUGGGGCUUGGAUGAGUUCCAAGACAGCAUGCUGCACAGUCGUAGUGGUUUGGCCUUGGCUCCUUUGGACUUAGAAACUCGCAAUCACAAUUUGAAUGGCAUCAGUGAGCCACAAGUCGAUAUGCUGGAUAUACCUGGCAAAGGACGUUGUUGUGUAUUUAUAGCCCGUUUUCCAUAUGAUCCACCGGAAGCUUCUAAUAUCUUUAACAGGGAUGCAGAGGGUGAGCUUUCGCUGUGCGCUGGCGACUAUCUGCUGGUUUGGACUAGUGGUGAGCCUCAGGGUGGUUACCUCGAUGCUGAACUGUUAGACGGUAGACGUGGUCUGGUGCCCGCUUCAUUUGUGCAGCGUUUAAUAGGCGACGAUCUUUUAGAAUUUCAUCAAGCUGUACUUUCCACCCUCCGCGAUGCCGAAGAUGGUUCCAUGCAAUGUGAUUCAACGUCAUUGCCCUCAUUGCCACCACACAAUCCAUUGCUCACACAUACCCAAGAGGAUUUGGCUAGACUAAGUGAAUCCCAUACCGAUCUAGAGCACGAUCAGGACGACAUCAGUGAUAAUGUGCCAGCCCCCAAACAUUUGACGCUGGAACGACAAUUGAAUAAGAGUGUCCUGAUCGGAUGGUCUCCCCCUGAACCCUGUGGUUACAAUCUCAUAGAUAGCUAUCAUGUGUAUGUAGACGGUGUACUGAAAGUAACCGUUAAAGCUAAUGAACGCACACGUGCUCUUAUAGAGGGCGUGGAUUCCAAUAGGCCUCAUCGGAUUAGUGUACGUAGUCUCACACAAAAUCGCCAACAAUCACGUGACGCUGCAUGUACAAUGAUUAUUGGUCGUGAUACCUCACAUUUGGGUCCAUCAUCUGUCCGAGCUACACAUAUAACGUGUUCAUCUGCCGUCAUAACAUGGCUGCCAGCCAAUUCCAAUCACCAGCAUAUAGUUUGUGUAAAUAAUGUCGAGGUGCGCACUGUUAAGCCUGGCGUCUAUCGUCAUACCAUAACCGGCUUGGCUCCCAGUACUCAGUAUCGAGUGACUGUGCGGGCAAAACAUUUGCGUGCACCAGGGGGGCCACAGCCGGCACAAGGUCGUCCACAAGAGGAAGCUCCUGGAGCAUAUGCAGAUUUUCGAACACUCACAAAAGGAUUACCGGAUCCACCACAGGAAAUUCAACUUGAGGCUGGUCCUCAAGAUGGUACCAUUUUAGUGACAUGGCAGCCAGUUAAUAGGCCCACUUCAUCGGGGCCUGUAACCGGCUAUUCUGUGUACGCUGAUGGUAAAAAGGUGACCGAUAUCAAUUCACCCACGGGUGAUCAUGCUCUCAUAGAUAUUGGUAAAUUGGGUACAUUUAAUCCGAGAGCCGUGACCAUACGUACGAAAUCCAGAGAUUCGCAAUCGGCUGACAGUGCACCCAUACUAAUACCAAGCUCUGUGCGAAGUGCAGUGGGCAGAAGGGGACCAAAUCAAAUGGGUAUGGGCAUGGGUCCACAAUUACCCCAGGGGCCACAUGGUCAGAUGGGAAUGCAACAGCAGAUGAUGGGUCAAGAUCCAAAUCAGUACGAUCCAAAUCAAAUGCACCCCCAACAACAGCAGCAAGGCAUGCAGCAGACCGGCCAACAGCAACCCGGACAGCCAGGCCAACCGGCCGACGGAAGUUCUGGUUUAUUAGGAGGCCUACUCGGCGGCCUCUUUUCCAAACAAACACCUCAGACUCAAGCGAAUCAAAAUGUUAACGGUUACCCACCGGGCCAGCAGCAACGUAUGAUGCGGCCACAAGGACCUCAGGGUAUGCAGCAGCAGCAACAGCAACAACAACAACCGUAUGGACCUCAAGGCCCCAUGGGUCCACAGCAGCGUUUCCCCGGCCAACGUGGACCUGCCCCUCCGGGACAAAUGCAACCUGGUGGACCCAUGCAGCAAGGAAUGAUGUCUGGCCAAAUGCAACAGCAGCCUGGCAUGCAAGGUCAGAUGCAGAACCAGAUGCAAGGUCAAAUGCAAGGUCAGAUGCAAGGUCAAAUGCAAGGUGCUAUGGGCCUUCGAGGUCCACUCAAUCAACAACAGCAACAACAACAAAUGCAACAGCAACAAAUGCAACAGGGCCAAAUGAUGCCCGGUCAACAAGGUCUUACGCCACAACAACAGCAGCAACAACAAAUGGCAACGGCUGCUCAGAAAAAGGCCCGCUAUUUCGUUGCUAUGUUCGACUAUGAUCCAAGCACAAUGAGUCCCAAUCCAGAUGGAUGUGACGAAGAACUGCCAUUCCAAGAAGGUGAUACAAUAAAGGUUUAUGGAGAUAAAGACGCGGAUGGUUUUUAUUGGGGUGAAUUGCGUGGUCGCCGUGGCUAUGUACCCCAUAACAUGGUGACGGAGGUUGAUGAUGGCACCGGCCAAAUGGGUCAGAUGCCUCAACAACCUGGUGGCACGGCACAAGUAAUGCCUGGUCAAGUGGGCACCCAGCAGAGCAUGCGGAAUGUGAGUCGUGAUCGUUGGGGCGAACAUUACUCGAAUAUGCCUGUGAAGCGCAUGAUCGCCCUUUACGACUAUGAUCCACAAGAGCUGAGUCCGAAUGUGGACGCUGAACAAGUGGAAUUAAGUUUCAAAACGGGUGAAAUCAUACUUGUGUAUGGUGAUAUGGAUGAAGAUGGUUUCUAUAUGGGCGAAUUGGAUAAUAUUCGUGGCCUAGUGCCAUCGAAUUUCUUAGCCGAGGCGCCCGACACAUAUAGUAAUCAAAUGAUGCAAGGUGGUGGCCCUGCAGGACGCGGUGGCUUGGCCAGUCAAAGGGGCAGAGGUCAAGGGCCGGGUGCUAGAGGACCUCCACCACCUCCGCGCGACAACAUGAUGCCUGGUAUGGCGGGACCACGUGGUCCCCAAGGAAAGAAUGCUCGCCCUGCUUCCCCUACACUGUUAGACAACACGGGCCACCCUGCCCCCGAUCACCAAACGCAGGGGAUGAUCGGUCGCGCUGGUAAUGUUGUUGGAGGAAUGCAACAGCAACAGCAACCGUAUGGUCAGCAACAAUCGCAAAUGGGACAGCAGCCACAACAACUACAGCAACAGCAGCAAAUGGGUGGCAUGGGGCAGAUGGGUCAACAGCAAGGUAUGAUGGGACAACAACAAGGUAUGAUGGGUCAACAGCCAAUGGGACAGCAGGGCAUGAUGGGGCAACAGCAAAUGGGACAGCAGCCGGGACAACAGCAGAUGGGCCAGAUGGGUCAAAUGGGUAUGCAGCAGCCUGGUCAACAGCCCGGCAUGGGGCAGCAGCAGAUGGGCCAAAUGGGUCAGAUGGGUAUGAUGGGGCAGCAGCAGCAACAACCACAGCCACCUCCCGUGACGCAAUCCUCAGGCGGUUUAUUAUCCGGAGCAACUAGUUUACUCUCGGGUGCUACUUCGGCUGCCACCGGUGGUCUAUUUGGAUCGAAACAACCACCGAAAACAGAUCCAAUGCAACCACCAGGUGGUGCGCAGCCAACGCAGCAAACAUCAACCGGCCUGGGGGGAUUAUUUGGCGGCGGUGCCCAGCAGCAGCAACAACAGCAGCAGCAGCAACAACAACAACAACAACCACAAGUGCCACCUCAAGGUCAACAGCCACCACCGCAGAGUCAAGGACCCGGCGCCGGUCUGUUAGGCGGUCUCAAAGGUAUCGCAGCAGCGGCGCCGGGCGGUGAUGUGCUGUCGAAAGGUAAAGAUCUCUUUGGCAAAUUCGGAUUCGGUUUUGGUAAAUAACCCCGGUCAUAUUAUAGGUCGUUUUUAUAUAUAUU